AUGAUCCCACUAUCAUUUGAUACCGCAGCUGAUAGACCAACAAAUCUAGAUGGCCUAGUUCUGGAAGCCUGGGGUCAAGGACUCCUGGUAGGUGCACUGGUUGUGAUGGUAGUAUUAACCGCAUCCAAUAUGAAGAAGUCUAAGAUGUUACACAAGCUCAUUAUACUUGAGCUUCUGCUGGCUGCUGGCCACGGUACCUUCAUCUUCCUCCAUAAACCAGUCUAUGGCUGGUAUUUGUCCAUUACUGCCAUCGGCCUAAAUAUAUCUUAUACCCUGCAUAACUUAAUCGCUUGGAUUAAGAUUAAACCGUUUUUACCACCUUGGGGGUCGCGAGUCUUUCUGGGUACCUUGCUUCUAGCCCAACCAUAUUGGGUACUCGAGACCUACGCAAAUUUUGCCUUCUUCAAUCAGGGAAAGCUUCUCUUCCUCAAGACAAGGGUUCUGGAGCCGUUCUUCCGAGAUCCUUGGUGGCUAUACUCUAGCUAUGCACUAUGUCAUGCGAUCAAUAAGUGCUAUGCAUUGAGCCUAGGAACCCUGAUACAAGUCAGCCCACGAUUCGGUAUUAUGUUAAUUCUGAUGGGUCUUUCUGUGGGAUUUAUCAUUAUAGAUGUUUGCGCCAUUUUUGGCGUAAUAUCCACUGCCCUUCCAGUUGGGAUUGAGCCAUUUUGGAAGCUCUCUUUUGUCUUCAAAUGCCUAUGUGACACAGUUAUCUUAGAUGAUUUCAAAGUAGCUCUCGAUCAAAUUCGUGAGCACUGGAUGCACUGCCAAGCUGAACAAGCGGGGCUUCCUCUCCACAAUGCAAGAGAGCCUCCACGGAGCCUACCGAAUAGAGCUAAUCAAAACUUCCAGAGUGUUAGGUGCAGUUCGCAAUUAUAA